CAGCUUGACUGAUCUCGUAUUCCUUGCUUGGAAAUCAGCGAUGAUCAACAGGGUCAACAGACUAUUGGUCCUUUAUGCGCCGGUCGUCGCUGAACGCAAUGGUUGCACCGAUCAACCGAACAGUUUCUUCAAGGAUGAGUGUCUCGCAGCAACCCGGUCAAUCAUGUGAUCGUACAUAUUCACCAUGAAUAUCUCGAUCGGAAUUCGAGACACGCCACCAGGAGGCUCUACAACGGCAUGGCAAGAUUCCACGUCCGAUGAACUCAUUCAUGCUGUACCAGCUGGCGUACAGUGAUCGAGCGAAGUACUGGCUCGCCCACGAUGAUCAUCAGGCCAUCUCUAUCCUCACCGGACGCUGCUGGAAGAUGGAACCCCCCACAUCCGUAAGCAGUACAAGACGCUCACAGUGAUGGAGAAACAAAAGCAUACUGAAGCGCACCCGGAAUAUCAAUUCUCACCGUCAAACAAGAAGAAACGAUCGCGGACUGCAAGACCCAGUUCUCAGAAAUUGGUAUUACAUUCAAAGGCAUUCCCCAAAGUCAGCCUCAGUUCUCAGCCUCAUGCUUGGUCUACUUCAUUAAACAAUGACCGCGUCAGUAGACCCUCCGCAGAACCAUUCCUUACAGAAGAGGAAACUCUCCUCAAAAGCAUUCCAUCAGAUCCAGAUAGUUCUGGACCAUUGCAAAGUGCAUCCUCAGUGUGGUGGCAGGGGACAACCUACUCUCAGAUAGUCUCUGCUGAGCAAGACUCCACGGGCACUCAGCCUUGUUUUCCUGUCAUCACGGGCCAGCCGGGGAUACCAGACUCUGCUUACUUCGUU